AUGUCGUUUAAAGUUAACGACAAUUACGGUUUUCCCCCACCUCAACCAAAUACUUUUUAUUACCAUGCCUCAGGUGAUUCCGAUAAUGAACAUGAAUAUGGAACACCACAUUAUUCAAACGAAGAUUCUAAUCUUGAAGACGAGAUUAGUGAGGGAGAAAAUGAAAUUAUCUCAGAUAAUGAUGAACAAGAUAAUUUCACGAUACAAAAUAGAGAAUUUGGGGGUGAUAAUAAUUUUAACAUUCAUCAAAAUCGAAAUACCUCAAAUACUUCAUAUAGUGAUGUUUAUAAUAUUCCACCUUACACAGAAAAUUUUCAUUCUUCACAACAAAAUAUGUUUAGAUUCCCAAAUGGAAACCAUCAACCUCCGAAUUAUCGUGCUUCCAAUAAUGAAUCAUUAAUUUCACAAUCAUCGAUGCCAUCAUCUUCGUCUUCAUUUGGAUUCCCAGAAUCUCAAGAAUUACGUAAUAAUAAUGGAGCUGAUGAGGAAGAUGAAGAUGGAUCAUCAUCAACAAAUUCUUAUGAUACAUCAUCAUCACGGAAAAGGGCUAGAUCAAUUUCAAACGAUUGGACUAAUAUUUCAAAUCCUCAUUUUGCCCCACCAAUACAAUUUGGUACUUUAGAACCUGUUAAUCGAGACAUUACAAAUAGACAAACUUUGAAUCAUAAUUUAAGAUCUUCUACACAUUCAUCAACUCCACAACCGCCACCGCCACCGCCACCAUCAAAUCGUUCACCUGCAGUAAAUAUACUGCCAAUUAUUGAAGUUCCUCCAGUUUCAUUAUCAACACAUACUAAUUUUAUGUCACAAUAUCCUCGUACGAAUUCUUACGAAUCAUCAUAUGCACAAUCAUCUUCAACUCCUUCUGUAUCAUCUCAACCUUCUACAUCAAUGCGUUCACAACCUCAACAAACUCUCUAUUAUAAUCGUACAUCAUAUGUGAAUGGAAAUUCAAGGCGAAAUUAUCCAAAUACUUCACAUAUAUUAGAUCCUCCUCCUCCUCACUUAAGGGGAACAAAUCUUCGCAACAGUGAUGAGCAACAUAAUUAUAAUAAUAAUUUUUCUUCGGAUGGACGUACCGUGAUUUAUCCUGAAGUUUCAUCGUCUUCUCAAGAACGAAGGCAUCCACACACAAAUACUAAUAUAAACAAUAUAAAUAAUAUAAAUAAUAUGAAUAAUAUUAAUAAUUCACAAGGACAAAGAGGAUCUUCCUCAACUCGAUGGUUACCUCGUGCUGAGAUACCAAAUCGUCGUAAUGAAACAUUAAGACCAAUAAUUCCAAACGCCAAUUUCCGUCGUCCACCACUAAUGCGUCAAAAUAUUUUUUCUUCCAAUCAUCCAGCCUUCAUUGGUUCCAUGCAAGAUUCUGUUAGAGCACAAACAAAUGAUGAGGAACAGGACACCAACAUUGAAAUACCAGAAAGGUCCGAUACUGAAGUAAAUGCUACGACCAACCCUAUUUCUCAAAAUCGUAUUAUGCCCAGACGUACCGAAAUACAUCAUGAUACAAAUACACGCGACUUGAGAUCUUCAUUUCAUUCUCGAACAAUAUCUACGUUAGCUACAGCGGCACCACCGCAAGCUCAUACAACUAGAAGUAAUUCAACAAAUAAUCAUAGUUCUGACGAACAAUUAGCAAGAAGAAUACAAGCGCAUGAAUUCAGUGCAAUUAAUAAUAAUGAGGAACACAAUGCACUAGCCAGGCUUCUUGCUGGAGUAAGAGCUCGUCCUACAUCUCGAAGAGAAACAGGUGCAAACCCAUCAUCGUCAACACGUAAUGGUUCUACUAGAAGGGAUACAUCAGCGCGUGUUUCAAUACCUAGGUUACCGGAAGUGUUAUCUCAUCACGAUCGACAUCACAAUGAAGAACGUGGUAAUGAAUCUCGUAGCCGGGCUCGAAGUGGGCAAUCAAGAAAUGCUAGACAAAGUGGACAUGGACAUUAUUUACAUCAUUUCAUUCCAAGUUACCCAUUUUUUGGUAAUCUUAUUAACUCUGGAGAAAUAGAGUUAGAAGAAUUUUUGGAUUUAUUGCCAGAUAUUUGGGGUGGUAUUGCGGAAAAUCCGGACAAUUACUUGGAUGAAGAUGAAUUUGAUUCUAGCUAUGAAGGUUUAAUUCGACUGAGUGAACGUAUUGGCGAUGCGAAACCAAAAGGUGUACCGUCAAGUUACAUUAAUAGCUUGCCAACGAAAUUAUAUUCAGUUGGCAAGAGUAAAAGUAUAGAAGAAAGGGGCUUGCCAUGUUCUCACGAUUUUCAUCAAGAAUGUAUUGAUAAUUGGUUGAAUAAUUCUGAUAAGUGUCCUAUCUGUCGACGUAGCGUCACGGAUAAAUGA